AUGUUAGUCAGCAGCGCCAUAAAUGUCACGACAAAAGCUGGUCAUACAUCCCAGGAGAUUAAGACUGUAGACAAACCGGAGAUUGAAGAUAUUCCCGAGAAAAUAGAAGAGAAGCCAAGAACAAACAGGGGUAAAUUAUCAGGACCCAUAACUGUAGCAGAGUACAUGCGAACUGUUUUAUCAAAUUCAUCAGAGAGUUAUUACAUGAGGAAAGACAUUUUUGGUGAAAAUGGGGAUUUUACUACAUCCCCUGAAAUUAGUCAAAUGUUUGGCGAGUUGAUUGGUGUCUGGUUUUAUGAAAGAUGGAUAAAUUAUGGAUCUCCUGAAAAGCUCAAGUUUGUGGAACUCGGUCCAGGACGUGGAACACUUGUUUCAGACAUCUUAAGGGUUUUUAAAAAAUUAGGUAACAUAUGCAAAGCUUUAAGUUUGCAUUUGGUUGAGAUCAGUCCAGCUAUGAGAGACAUGCAGAGAUCUUUAUUAUGCAAUAGAGUGUCCAUUGAAGAUGACCCUCAGAGUAUUUCAACACGAACUGAACAGGGCGUUCCUGUAACCUGGCAUCAUGUUGUACAGGAUAUUCCAAAAGGUUUUUCAUUUUAUCUGGCUAACGAGUUCUUUGAUGCCCUUCCAAUCCACCAAUUUAAACUGACAGAGUACGGAUGGCGAGAGAUUCUUGUGGGUAUUGAUAAGGAUAUGGAUGGACAAGAUCGCUAAAUUUUUCUCGCCCCAAACCCCACUCCAGCUACGGUGUUUAUACCCGAAGAUGCACAGGCCGAUUUCCUCGAGGUUCGACCUCAAGCUAAUGUGAUUGCUGAACACAUGGCGCAAAACAUGCAAAACUACGGAGGAUGCUCCCUUCUAGUGGACUAUGGUGAUUACUCAUUUCAAAGAAAUACACUUAGGGCAUUUAAAAAGCAUCAGUUGACGGACCCCCUGAAGGAUAUUGGUAAUGCCGACCUAACAUCAAAUGUUAACUUCUCACAUUUGCAGAAAGUGUUUAUGAACUAUGGAGUUUCAACAUUUGGACCAGUAACACAGCGUCAUUUUUUGAAGGAAAUGGGAAUUGACGUGAGAAAACAGGUACUGCUUAAAAAGGCGACAUCAGAACAGUAUAGCAUGAUUAACAAAGUUGACUGA